AUGUCCAAGAACACUUCCACCGGGGACCUGGUACCCAGGGACAUUACUGAGAUCUUAGCCCAGCAAAACAGGUCAAACAAGAGCAAGAAGAAGCGAGGUUCAUCCCUGGGACGGGCGUUCAGCUGGCUCAGAGGUACCAAGAGAAAAAGAAGCUUUAGUAACGGACUGAGUCGUGCAGGCCAAGGCGUCCGACCAGCGGAGAGCAGCAUCAGCAAACAGGUUCAACCCAACCAAGAACCCUCUAAAGCUGGGACAAAGCAGGAUGAGCAAAGGAAGCUGACAGUGCACUAUUCAGCUUCGAGCCACUACCAGGAGAAUGUGUUCAUUGAGGGCAGUAGGCCACAGUACCUGGAGGACCUGCACACUGAGGCUCAGGAGGGGCUGAGAAUACUACAGCAGGAAGAGCACAAGAAUGGGGUGGAUUUCCAGGAUGAUCAAACAAUUGUAAAGAAGGAUGCCACAAACAGAGAAACAGAUGGGUCAUUGGAGUCUGGCAACACUGCCUUUAACUCUGUCAUCUCAGCAACCACAGCGUCUGUGGUGUCUUCCCGUUCUAUGCUUAUGCGCCAAGGCUCCACAUUUAAGCCCUUGAACACGGUGAAGAGACUGGACAAAACUGGGAGGAGAAGUAGACGAACAACUAUUAUGGGCAUACCGCAUCAGGUCCAGAGGGAGCUAGGUAUGGGGAAAGGUGCUUCAAUUCAGCAGCUCCAAAAUGGUGAGGAACAUGUUUCCCAUGGCGUAGUGGUUAUUCCCACUAUUGAUGGGGAGAUGCCUCCUGUGAAUCACGAAGGAGCACGGAUACACCUUCAGGACAUAGAGGCUCUUCACAACGCCAGAGAGGAACAACUUCUCAGGCACCACAUCCAGUCUGUCUAUAGGGAUGACCUUGCCCUCCACCGAAAGAUUGGACCUCGAAUGUGUCUUACACAGAGGCCAAAAUCUCUUGCUGUGCCGGGGAUGACUUCCUCCAGCUUACUUCAGGAGCCCCAUGGCCCAGUCAUGUCAAUCUCACCCCAAGCCACCUACUUGUCCAAAAUAAUUCCCAACGCCAUCUUGCCAGCUGCAGUGGAUGUCAUUAAAAUUGACCGCAGUCGUAGCCGGGGCAGUGUUCGUACGGUCAGUAAGAGCAGCUUAGCAUCAGCCAGUCCAGCCUCUUCACGUUCAGGAGAAGGCUCUAAUGGUGACCCACCCACGACCAGAUCAAACUGGAGCCAGUCACAGUCCUCUGACACUGUUGUCUCCAACUCCUCCACCAUCUCAUCCAAAGCAACAGCUCAAAGUCAGCCUGCAUCAAACUGCAACAAAGAAGUCACAGAUUUAAACAUUGGUGAUCAGGUGAGCCUUGGUAGCUCUACCAGCUGGAUGAGCUGUACUAAGAAGUAUAAUCAGGAAACUGAGAGAGGGUGUGAUAGUGCAGGGGAGCUGAAUGAUGCUCAUGAAUGCAUCCGGGACAGUCGUGCUUUUUCUCGCAGUUUGUCUGUGAUGAAAACAAAACUACCACCUGCCCCACCCACGAGGACUUACUCUCUGCACCCUGAAAAGCUCAAGAGGAGGUCUCGAGAGCUAGUUGACAUUAAAGACUUUAGUGAUUUGGGGCACAGUGAACAGCAGAUAGGAAUGGAUAUGUGCAAUGCCAAGACAGAUACUGCUUCCUCCAACAACACAAAAAACCUUGUGCAUGCUUCAGUGUCCAGUUCUACAGAUGAUUCCCAGUCUUCUCCCAUUACCAGCCAAGCCAGUCCUGACCAAGGAUCCUCCACAGAUCAAAUAGAAUCAUUCAACUCAUCUCCUCAGAAAACAUCUUCAAAUGGGAGCACAUUCAUAAGGACCCUGUCCCCUUCAAGUGGAUACUCCAGUCAAAGUGCCACUCCAACUCUCUCCCCAAAAGACAUCUCUCCAUCUUCCCCAGGAAAACUGAGAGUGAAACCUCCAAAACCGGAGAGGACAGGCACACGCACUUCUCCUGUAGUCUCAGUUUCAUCAUCGACAACUUCUUUGUCUUCAGCCACAUCAGAUUCUGUUCAUCAAGACAUUCAAUCCAAACGCACACUGUCACAGCCAGCUAAGACAUGCUCUCAUGUUACUAUGGUGAAAAACACAGUGACCCCUGUACAUUCAUCAGUAACUCUUGGGGAGCUCUUUAAUAUUCCACCACCACCUAAAGUAAAAGCACCCUCUCCUCCACCUCCUGAAACUUGGGCACACAACAAACACACCUUUGAAUUAUUAUGUGGCCCAGGCCCAAAUACUAAUAGGUUAUAUCAGCUACUAAGGCAGCAGCAAAAAGGAGUUCUUACAAUGCAAAAGCAAGAGACUCUUACAAUACAUAGUGCUGAGUUAGUCUCUUCGCAGAAAAAGACACCACUGGAAAAAAAUGCUCUGUCACUUUCAGAAAAACAAGAGAUUGUAUCUGAUGACCACAGUGAACCUGCACCAGUGCUAGCACAUCAGCAAAUAGACAAAACUACAACUGAGACUAUAGUUUUGAAUGAUUCAGAAAGUUCAAUAAUCCACAAAGCAGAAAAUGAAAGUCCAGAAAUUCCAAUGGAAGAGAUAAAUAAUACACAACUGAAACCAGAACAUAAAUACUUAGAUAACCUGGAGACGAACCAAGAAAACCUAGUGAUGCCAAAGACCAAGCAAUCACCUACCAAGCUUAAGGAGAGUAUGCCAUCACAAACAAUUCACAUUUAUGUGUCAUUAGAGAGCAACAGCUGUGCAACACUGACUGAAAAUAAUAAUGCAGGAGACGAAACUGUAACAGAGUGUGCUACCAAGAAAAUCUCAAAUUCUCAACAAUCUUCCACACAUACCCUGUCUGUAGGAGUUCCUGAACUGAAUGGUAUUUCUCCACCACCUUCACCACCUCCUGCCCAUCAUCCUCCCCCACCUCCCUCCAAAAAGUCCCCAACCUCCUCAAUAGUCACACAAUCACCUGAACAAGAGGAUUCAUCUAUCGUAGAGUCUUCUUGGCCACCACCCCCUCCACCGAUGGAGGACUCAUCAGAUUUAGUCUUUGAGGGGCAAGAUGAACAAGAAUUUCCACCACCCCCACCACCUUUCAUGCAGGAUUCUCUGUCACACACAAUGGAAAGCUGCACUGGGGAGUCUGAAGAUGAGGCACUAAAAGGUGAAUCCAAGCUAUGUGAAGUUCAUGAAGUCACAAAACAAAGUGUACUUCCCAUCAAUCUGCCUAAAACAAUACAAGAGCAAGUCACUCUUGCUGAAGACACCCCAGUAGACCCCACCACAAAAGUAAAGGAGAUUAAACCAGCUGAUCCAUCACCAUCCAAACCUUGCAAUAACUUUUCACAGGUCUCGGUAAACCAAGGUCACAUUGUACCUUUGGAAACAUCCUCUUCAUUACAUGAGGUCCGACCUCUGCUGGAGGAAGUGCCACCUUUACCCCAUGAGGCUCCACCUAAUCCACCAACAGUGACUACACUGAAUGUUCCAGAUCCUAGUACUAAUCAUCAAACAUCAUGCACUGCUUUAGAACCCUCUAUACAGGUGCCUGUUGCACCACCUGCUCCAACAGAAGAUCAGUUUACCAUUAACUUCAGAAGAGCAUCAAGCUCAGCGAGCAAAGAGGGUAGGAAUAAAGAACUCCUUUCACGGAACAAGAGCUCCCCCAUUCCAAAGGAGGAUGCUAACAUACCCCUGGUCACUCCAUCCCUCCUACAGAUGGUGCGUUUACGAUCAGUAAGUGUUGGUGAAGAUCCCACUAAAGUGCUCUCCAAGGACGCUGCACCAAGUACUGAAGAGAUAUCACUAACUGGUCAUGUUAUACCCCAGAAACCUAUCCGGAAGUCCCUCUGCAUAAAAUCAACACCACCAUCCAUAAAGUCAACCCCUGUUACAGUAACAGCACCUUCAAUGUGCCUACAGGAGGCCAUACGGAUGAAGACAGCUGCCAUGUCUCCAAAAGAUGGACUCUCAGCCAGGCUGAACCUGCGCUCAUCCCUGUCCUCUACAGCUAGUAGCGAGGUACCUUCCCCUUCCCCCAAGUCAUCAGAGGGAGGUGAACUGCUUAAGUCCCCCACAUCUACCGCCAGCUUUAUUUUCUCCAGAAGCACAAAAAAAGUGGUAAUAGAAACACCUACGUCUCCAGAAGCACAGGCCAGCCUCAAGCAAAGUCUUGCAGCUGAGCUAAUGCAGGUCUCCGAUCAGGCUAAAUUAAUGACUGCAAAUGGCACAAAGAAAUCAGUUAAACUGCCGCCACCUGUGGCAAAGAAACCGGCACAUGGUACAAAUCGUCCAGACAAGCCAGGAAUAACCACAGCUGCUACGAUGGGGAACUCUUCAAGUGAGAUACUUAGCUCACCCCCAGAAGGCGUCAUCAGUGAGAUGGGGGUAUGGUCCAUCGAAGACUGA